UCCUAACACAAAGGAGGAUUACAUAAGAGCAGUUCAAAGUCGAACAUAAUCGACCGUUUUUCAACAUUUUUUAGCGCCAGAUUAGGUUUCCUCUACGAUUGCGCUUUCCUUUGAGAUAGCAGUUCAAUAUUUUUGUGUUUUUGGAUUGCACUCUGCCUGCAAUCUAAGUUGUCUGGAUUGGAUGAAAUCCUCCAAAUGUUGACGCCGCGCUUCAAGAUCUCCCAGAACGCAGAGAGUAUACUGGUAUCGAUUCGGGCUCCAUUUGCUAAGAUCUCUGAAGCCGAGAUCGAAGUCGUGGAUAACGAACUCCAGUUCUAUUCAAAACCAUAUCAUCUGCGCUUGUACUUUCCGGGAGAUGUCGCGGAAGAUGGCGUGGCCACCGAGUACAGUGCAACUGACGGAAUUUUCGAAAUUCGCAUCGCCAAGAAAGACCCGGGCGCACAUUUUGCGGACUUGGAUAUGAUUACAAAGCUCCUGACUCCGCGUGGAACGUGGAGAGUGCCGGUGCUUCCCGUGGAAAUCAAUGGAGACGCCAGUGUGGAUGGCGACGUGGAUUCCAUUGCGGGCGCUGAUCUCGAUUGGCGAUAUCCACAGGAAAUGCCUCCUGAAAACGACGACGGUGCUUCGGUGUCGGGGAAGACAGUGCGGCGACAUCGCUACGGAUUCGGCCUGCGCCGAACGGGAGUAUUCUGCGAAUUGAGCGAUGAAUUACGCAUGAUAUUAGAUUUGGAAAAUGUGGAUGAUUUGUCACCGGAUGAAAUUACGCAGCAGCGCGAAGCACUGGAAGCGGAUGAUUUCUGCCACAAUGAUGAACAUUAUUUGUCAAAUUUGUUCGAUGAAGAAGAGCUCACUAAGAUUGAGGAGAUCUGCUGUUAUCAGCCGUGGUGGACCACACUAGCGGGGAAUGGCGAGCAGAAAGUGGAUUUUGAUGGAGAAGAAGUGGAUGUUUUAAAAGAACUGCCCAGGCAUGAGAUAAAAGUUUCCCCCGAUGUGGUUCCGAUUGUGUGGGCUACUUUGGCCGAAAUAAUUUUUGCAUAUGCCUACGAUCAUCGAACGACAAUGGGAAAUUCAACGGUGGAAUCUUCAUGGACUGUAGCGAAACUAUCACCGUCGCUAUCGUGUACCGAUCAUUUCACCUCUGUCACCGCGGCGCUAAGAGCAUGUAUCCGGCGCAGCUUGUGUUAUCCGUUGUAUCGCAACUGGAAUUUAUCUCAAACUGUAAUUCGUGACGUAAAAAAUAUUGUUGCAUUGGGAAGAAGUGCCAUUUUGAAAACGCUGCUGCACGUUCGAGCCGCUUUCAGUUCCAGUCAAGAAAACCGUUACAUUCUUAAUGACCUGUAUAUCAUUGAUUACUGUGUGUGGAUCCAGAGUAUUGGUGAAGGGUCGGAAGAUUAUCAACUGUUUCGCAAUGAAGUGGCAGAGGUGCGUAUUCAGAAGGACGACGUGGGACUGGAUCUCGAAAUCACCGAGGAAGCCGGUCGAUUGGCGAUGGAGGAACGAGGCGCAGCGAAUGAUGAGACAAGCGCGGAUCUUCAGGAGCAAAUUAAGAAGUUGGCUCUUUUGGAUUCUGAUGAUGACGAGGACUGAACUGGAGUUUUGUUCCUUCGAAUUUGAAAUAUACUGAGUCGUACAUAGCAUUAACUGAUCUGGAUGUAAUUCCGAUAUUCUUCCUUUUAAAAUCGUUCCUGCCGGUUAACUUUUGUAGUACAGAUGCAUAUGUACAGAUACUGGACUGCACUUACUUACAAAGUAUAUAAUAAUAAUAUUCUCGAAUAGGACUUUCCUGUGCUAAGAGGCGCUGAAAGCGUGCUGUUGACACUGCUGCCAAAGAUAUUAAUUGGAUUUUUGUGAAAAGUGAAGCGAUUGUAUAGAUUUUAAAAGCACAAAUGUAUGUACCAUGCCCCAUGGGUCUGAAAAUUAAGUGCA